GAGCGUGCUCGAGGGCGUGGAACGGCGCGAGAAAUGUCAUGUCGUCAAUACAGGAAUCGAAGCACAUCCAUCAGCCCUGGUUCACCCUAGAGGAUAGCCCCGAAGAAGGUACGGGGAAGCCUGACGCCCUGUCGUGGGUGCCUUCAUGGAGGACGAAACUUGCCCUGUGUGUGCUAUACCAUAUGUACCUCUUCUGGGGUAUUUAUUACACUUGGGACUCGACGUUGCUUUGGUGCAACAACAUCAAGUUGCUCACCACCAUCACGAUCGGUCUGUACGUCGUCCUCUGCACGUACCUGGUAGCUAUACGGUUCACAAAGUAUGUGUCCCGACCGUCGACAUCAGGCAAGACACGUCGUUGGGUGCGCCUCUUCUGCUGGAGCACAUUGGCUUUCAUUAUAGCGUUGACGAUUGUCGAUGGUCGGGAGAACUUCAGCCGCAUCAUCUCGCUGUGUGGACUUGUCGUUCUCGUCCUCGCUGGCUAUGUUUUUUCCAAAGAGUGCUCUGAGGUGGAUUGGAGUCAAGUCACGAGCAGUCUGGAUGCGGUCUACGUGUUGGCCUUCGUUUUCUUGCGCGUAGACUGGGGAGAGGAGUCCUGCCAUCGCCAACUGGUGUCUUACUCUGCUGACCUGUUCAACUCCGGCACGGGAGUUUUGUUUGGACCCCUAGCGAGAGGAAUAAACAUGGCCGAACAUUUGGGAAAUGCAAGCGUCGCUACCAUUGCGCCGGUCUUCACCUUUUCGGUGCUUCCGGUUAUUUGCUGCGUGGCAGCCAUGGUAAAGAUUCUGUACUACAUGGGCGUCAUCCAGUUCUUGUUAUACCACAUGGAGGGCGUUCUGUCUCAGACGACUAGAUUCAACGCAUGCGAGGUCUUCUACGCCUUCGUCACCUUCUUUUUAGGGCCGGUGGACAGCUUGGUUCUUCUGUAUCCAUACUUUGACACGUUGACAGCAUCAAAUUUACACUGUGUCCUCACCAUGGCUUUCUCCAGCAUUACUGGAAGGCUCCUUACAAGUUUCGUCGGGUUUGGUAUCGACGACAAGUAUAUGACUGCUGCUGCCGUGAUGAGCAUACCAACAGCGUUUGCGUACUCUAAGCUCUGCUAUCCAGAGACACGAGGAGCAGCCAUGAGCGCUGAAUCACUACUUCAAGUUCCCAGAGAGAAGUCUGUGGUAGAGGCUGCAGUGGGUGGUGCCGUCCUGGGCCUUUACCUCAUCACUUGCUGUGUGGGGAACAUCGUCACCUACAUGUCCCUGUCCCGUUUCGCCAACACCAUGUUCGACUGGGGUACGUCCAACCUCGGAUUUGAAACGGCGACUCUGGAAGGUACUCUGAGUUUCAUCAUCUCCCCGCUGGCACUACUAAUCGGAGUACCACGGGAGGAUUGCAAGGCGGUGGGAAAUCUCAUCGCUGUCAAGAUUCUGCACAGCGAGCGUGCGGCAUAUCAGCGACUCGGCGUCACCGAUCUGCUCGAACGGUCUCAGAUGAUGGCAAAGUUUUCCCUGUGCGGCGUCGGCAACUUGAGCAUACUGGGUAUGGUCAUGGGAGCGAUGUUUGUGUUAUGCCCAGACCGUGCGACUGCCGUGGCAUCAAUGAUCCUGCGUGUCUUCCUCACAUGCGCUGGGGCUGCACUACUCAUGGCCUGUGUCGCAGGCAGCCUACUAGAUUGACUGGACACCAUUGACAACCUAGAGGAACAGAAACAUCGAUAAUUUAUUUAUUUGAAAUGAUUAUACGAUAAAGUAAUACAUAGCGCAUAUAACUACUCUGGCAACGAUUAAAAAAAAGUCCCAC